UAGGGAUGCGAUACGAAACGGAACGAAACGAAACAAAAAGCAAUCGACACCCUUUGUCCGGGCGUAUACUAGCCACUCAAUGGAAUAGGUCAUUGUCUCAUUCUUGCUUUUCCAUCUGAGUCGUGGCUUAUUACGCAUUCGCGCUACCGGCAGUACUGCAUCAUACCUAGGUAUUAGGACAUGGUCCCUUCGAAAAUGCAGACUCAACAUCUUAACCUUGUUGACGACGAGAUGGAUUCUCAACCUCCGCCCAUUCCGCUACGAGCGCAAACACCAAGACGACAAGUCGCGAUGAAGCAAAGCUUUGAGACGCAGGAUUUAGGCGACGGAAUGGCAAACUUCGACCCAGAGCUUUUACAGGCACCGUCAUCGAGAGCCUCGAGCCGAGCCAUGUCGUAUCGAACGCAAGAAUCGCAAAUAUGGUCACAUAAAGACAGAGAUGCAUCGUCAAUCUCGUCCGUAUACGUCCCUACACAUCUUCCUGCGCUGCAAGCAAAAGGUGCUGGUAUGGAUCGUGAUGGAUUGGAGCCAUUGACCGAGGAGGAAUAUGACCCCGCGUCCUUCGACCUUGUCGUCCCGGCGCAUGCGAUGGGAAAGCAGUAUACCCUCGAGACACAAUCCGAGCUGCUUUUCUCAGUGAAGCAUCUGUCUGUCAUCUUCGACGAUCCUGUUCUGCAGCGCUUCACGAACUUCUUGUCUGCGUCGCGGCCGAGUUCUGUGCCGCUCUUGACAUACUACCUCGACACGCUCAAGGCGAUGAAGGCAAUCAAUUACGCCAAUUCGCUGACGGGAUCGCUCAAGACAAUUGAUGGCCAUGAUUUCACAGCCGAUCCUGUCACUGCGACUGUCAACGAAGCAUUGGCGAAGCGGGCUACCGAGGCUUUCCAAGCCAUGGUGAACCAUGAUCUGCCUGCGUACAUCACCCACACAUAUAUCCAGACAGUCAGCAUCACAAUUAAGAGAAGGAUAACGGACACACUGGCACCCCAAUUGCGCGAUCUGUCGGAAGGUCUGGCAGAGGUGUUCUGUUUGACAGACCCUUCAAGAUCCGAUAACCCAAUUGUUUUCGCAAGUGAAGAGUUCCACCGAACGACUCAGUACGGCAUGGACUAUGUCCUCGGCCGCAACUGUCGCUUCCUUCAAGGCCCCAAGACGAACCCAUUCAGCGUCAAGAGAAUUCGCGACAAGCUCGCAGCCGGUCAAGACCACUGCGAAACAUUCCUCAACUACCGUCGCGAUGGAUCCCCAUUCAUGAACUUGCUCAUGGUAUCUCCGCUAUAUGACUCUCGAGGUGUUGUCCGAUACCAUUUGGGUGCCCAAGUUGACGUCUCCGGUCUCGUCAAGGAAUGCGCUGGGCUGGACUCACUAGAGACACUCAUGGCGGAUGAGAACCCCGAGAAUGAGCGCUACCCUGGCGAGUCGGAGCAAAGAAAGAAGGAUGAGCAGAAAGAUGAGUUCCAAGAGUUGGCGGAGAUGUUUGAUCUUGCAGAACUCAAGACUGUUCGCGAAGCAGGUGGUGCUUUCCACCGUACACAUCAGCAAGAUGUUCGACAGACGGAUACAGUUCCUGCGAAUUGGAACAAGCCGCGCCUGGUAUUCCGCGACGAUGCCACCAUCAAUCGACGCCCUUCAGAUCCCGUCCUCCAUGACACAGCUAUGGCUAGCUUCAGCGGCCGUCUCAGCGGUAUCUACAAACACUACCUCCUCGUCCGACCCUACCCCAGUCUCCGCAUCCUCUUCGCCUCGCCGUCCCUCCGCGUGCCGGGCAUGCUCCAGAGUUCAUUCCUCUCCCGCAUCGGCGGCUCGGACCGCGUGCGCGAAACCCUCACCCAAGCCUUCGCAGGCGGCAACGGUCUCACCGCCAAGAUCCGAUGGCUGUCAAAGGGUGAAGUCCAGAUCAAGAACCGCAACUCUCGCGCCAUGGAUCAUUCUGCCAGUGGCGAUGGUGGUCAAGCUCCUCCUGCAAACCCAGGCCGUAACCGCUGGAUCCACUGUACGCCUUUGUUAGGGUCAAAUGGAGCCGUUGGUGUUUGGAUGGUUGUUCUUAUUGAUGAUGAGUCGGAUCAGGCUUUUAUUCGAGGGUUGAGGAGAGAGGCUCCGCCUGUGCAGCCGCAGCCUGUUCAACAGCAGCCCCAGGCGUCGCAUGAGCUGUAUGGUGAAGAUGAUAAGAUGAGUUUGAGUAGUUUUGCAGCUGCGCAUAGGAAUAUCUGAUGGAGGUGAAGGACCCGAGCUUGUGAGAGUAGAUUUAUGAGUACACGAGUAUAAGCCUGUCAUUUUAGGGCCAUAUAGUCAUAUUAAUGAUACCUUCUUUUUUCUUUCUUUUGUAAAA